AUAAAUAAACCCCUAAAUCAAAUUCCUUUCCGAAAAACAAACGAGCAAAACAAACACAUUUUCAAUUCACACUAACCGUCCGAUCACCAAAAUGUCAGGCGUUUGGGUAUUCCGAUCCAACGGUGUGAUGCGCCUCGUUGAAAACGCUCAGGCCGGCGGCGAUUACUCCUCCGACGGCCACCACCACCACCACAACGGCGGCGGAAGAAAGAAGAUUCUGGUUCAUCUUCCUUCCGGCCAGCCGGUCACAUCCUACGGAUUUCUUCAGAAGAUUCUGGAAGGUCUAGGAUGGGAGAGAUAUUACGAAGGCGAUCCAGAUUUCUUCCAAUUUCAUAAGCGAUCUUCCAUUGAUCUCAUUUCGCUCCCAAUGGACUUCUCCAAAUUCAACUCCAUUUACAUGUACGAUCUCGUCGUCAAGAACCCUAACGUUUUUCACGUUCGCGAGCCCUAAUUUCUUUUUAAUUUUAUUUAUUUUAAUUCUCUCUCUCUCUCUCUCUCU